AUGAAUGAUAACAAUUCUAUUCCGAUAUUAUAUCCUUCACCUGAAUCAUUGUCACCAAUAACGGAUAUUGAAACCGAUGAGAUCUUUAUCAAUGAGGAUAUUUUUGAAACAUUGAACAAUUUACAUCGUUUACCAGGAUGCACAUUCAUUCAAAACAUAUGCAAAGAAACAUUUCCGAAAGCAGUUUGUUUGAUCGGUUAUGAUUUAGAAAUGGCAAUUAGGUUAUAUCGUCAAGUAUUUUAUUCAACAAGAAAAGAAUCUCCAAAUAGUUGCAAUACAAAUACAUUACCUGAAUAUUUGGAUCAUAUCAAUCAAUGGAGUCAUCCUAUUCAAGCAUCUAUUAUUGACUUUGGAGGUGCAUUCGAAACAGAACAUUUAAAUUUCAUACGAUAUAUUUUUCGAAAUAUUGAUAUUUAUUCUAUUGAUUUAUUAUAUAAAUCACUUGAUUUAUUGGUAUUUUCCAUAGAUCAAGAUCCAAAAAAAUGGUUUGUAAUACCUGUUUAUAGUUGUACGACUGAAGUUGAACAGCAAGAAUUAUCUGAAUAUGUAAUUCAAGAAUUCUCAUCAAGAUCGUCUGUUUCAAACAAAUUUACAAUAAAUAACUUACAGUAUUAUGAAAGAAUCCGAAACUUAGAAAUUUAUGAUCCCUAUUCAGAAGUUUUUGAUUGGAAGAAAAUUCAUUUUAUCGAUAACAUUGGAAGAUGUUCAGCACGACCGUUUUGUUUAUUCAUGGCUUAUCGUACUUUUCAAGCCACUCCAAAUAUUAUGCUCCUCAGAGCAAUGGAUUUCAUUGAUGAUGCAUACACAAAAAUCGAUAUCGAUCAUGCUCAAGGAGGAUGUCGUCGUAUAUAUGACACAAAUCAAAGCAAGUGCUUUGGAUGCUGUUCAUCAAAACCAAUUAUGGAAGCUUUAUGCACAGGUACUAGAUGGGAAAGUACUCGUGCUGAAUUCAAUAACAUAUACCCACUACUUCCUAAAACAUCCACUCUUUAUCCAAUGUACAGAAAAAACCAAGUAAAUUGGCUUGAAGGUGACAAUGUUCAGCAGCUUUUAUAUGGUAUAUACACCACUAUUGCUCAACGCAAUCUUGACGAUUCCAUACGACAUUCAUUUCGUAUUACACGAACAAAGGUUCUAUGGAAUGUUAAUUGUUUGGAUCUGACUUUUCUUUUAUUAGAAAAUAACAUUACACCUCUAGUUAUUCAACAAUUUAUUGAGCAAAAUAUUCCUAAUAAUAUUUCACCAGCGAGACCAACAAAUUUUGUUCAAGAAUGUCUUCAUGAACUAUUGGGCUCUAUAUCUCGACUUCGAAUUUAUAUAAAUUCUGAAACAGACAUAUUUUAUUCAUCGAUACUUAUUCAACAAUUACGACAAGAAGAUCCCAAUCUUGAUAUUCAAAUUUCUCUGCAUAAAGAUGUAAUGCAAGAGACAUCAACUUUGUUUGGAUCAACUAUUAUUUUAGUUUUUGAAUCUAAUCGAGAUGGAAAACAUAUUUUAGUAUGUGCUGAUCUAUCUCGUUUUCUAAACUAUCUAUCAACUUGUACAACAUUAGAAGAAGUUAGAAAUGGUAUUCAAUCAUCGGCUAUUUUUGUUGAUGAAUUAAAUAAUCAAGAAAAUGCCAUAUGGCAUCAAAAUCUUUCUUGUAUAUAUAUACCAGCUUUUCAACAAGCUUUAAUUGAACAAACAAGAGAAAAGCUUUCACGACUGGGUUUGUCUAAUAUUAAUUUUAUACCAAAUGAAUUCCCAUAUAUAGAUCAUGACCAACAACCUCAAAUAUCUCAAGCAGUUAUACGCUUUUGUCACGAAAAAUAUAUUGACUCUAAUUUUGUCAGAGAAAGAUUGGAUUUUUUUGACAAAUGGCUUUUUGAUACAGAGAACUAUAAAUUCACUGGUCCAGUUAUAACCUUGUUUCCAAAUGUAAACAGAAAUUUUAACUUUGGAUAUGAAGAACCUCGACAUCCAUCAGAUACUUGUGGCAUGUAUAGUUUACGUUGUGGUGAAGUUUUAACAUUGAUUCAAUGGAGAAAUUAA